AUGGGUUCUCUCGGGGAAUCAAUGGAUUCAAAGCCGGUGGGCUCCUAUUCCCCAACUGGCAUCGAAGUCCUUAUCGUCGGUACUGGUUUGGCUGGAUUGACUGCCGCGAUCGAAUGCAUACGCAAAGGACACAAUGUCCGCAUUCUGGAGCGCAACCAGUCCAUCAACACAGCUGGCGACAUGUACUUCAUGGGCCUGUCGGCUACUCGCUUUUUCAAGCACUGGCCUGAGCUGGCGGAAGAAUAUGAUUCAAUCUCUCUGCAUAAUGCCUGGAUUGAAACAUUCAAGCAUGAUGGAGAGCGCAUGAUUCCUCCGUCCUAUGUAUCUGAGCGACUACGCGCACAGGGUUUGGAUCCCAAAACGCCUCCUGGUACUUUUCAGAUGCGACCUUUGGUGUACAAGAUGUUUGUUCGCCAGGUUGAAAAGUUGGGUGUAAAGGUGCAAUUCGGAAAGAAGAUUGUCGACUAUCGCGAGGACGAGUCCAAGAAGAAGGCUUAUGCCGUUAGUGACCAGGGGGAGGAAUUUGAGGCCGAUGUGAUCAUUGCCGCAGAUGGUGUCGGAUCAAAGAGCCAAAAGCUCGUCGGCGGCCAAGUCCGGGCCAUGAGCUCAGGGAGAGCCAUGUGGCGAGCCGCAUUCCCCCGCGAGGUACUGGACAAGAACCCGCAAGUCAAGGAAUUCUUCAAACUAGUCGGUCCCAACGACAGCGAGCCCAUCAUUCGCACGUGGCUGGGCCCGGGCACUUACGCCAUGACUCUAUCGCGACCGGACACAAUGAUCUGGAUCAUGAACCACGAUGUCACUGGUUCCGAAGAGGAGAAUUGGAACAACACAAUCGAGUCCGACGAGGUACUCCAGAACAUGGACAAGGGCGUCGGACCCAAGCCGUGGGCACCCAUGUUCAAGGAGCUCAUCAAGCUCACACCGAGCAACACCAUCAUCAACUUUGAGCUCUUCUGGCGUAACCCGCAGCCAAAGUGGUGCUCACCAGCCGGCCGCGUGAUCCAGAUUGGCGACGCUGCGCACUCUUUCCUCCCCGCGUCCAGCAACGGCGCGACCCAGGCCAUUGAAGACUCCAUCUCCAUCGCCUCCUGCCUACAGCUGGGCGGCAAGGACAACAUUCCCGAGGCAGUCCGCGCCCAUAUCCGGUUCCGCUUCACCCGCGUGUCGUGUGCGCAAAAGCUGGGCUUCUCAAACGCCGAGUUGCUGCAAGACACGGACUGGUCAAAGGUCAAGCUCGACCCCAGACGGGCACAGCCGCGGCUGCCCAGCUGGGUCUUUAGCCACGACCCCGAGAAGUACGCCUAUGAAAACUACGACAAGGUUCUCGAGAGCAUGCGCAAGGGUAUUCCCUUUUCCGAGGACGAUAGCAUCCCGCCCAAUUAUCCUCCUGGAUACAAGUACGAGCCGUGGAGCAUUGAUGAGAUCAUGGACGACGUGAAAAAUGGCAGAGAGGUCAACGUUGGCCCGGGUAACUGGGAGUAG